UAGAGCCUCGCUAAUCCGAACCUCGUUAAUCCGAACCCUCGCUAAUCCGAAUGUCCCUAACUGCUUGACCUCGAGUUUCCAGAGAGCAUUUAGAAUUCCGAGGCCUUGUGCAAACGUCCUUUCAUAUCCGGGAAAUAACAAACAUCUGAUCAUAUCCGGGUACACGUUCUCAUGUCGUCAGACAAAGAUAUAACAAAGAAGACAAAACGGGCUCACAAGACUCUAACAAUAGAGCAGAAGGUAGCAAUACUGGAUGAACUGGGAAGUGCCUCCUAUUCUGUGCUGUGUGAACGAUAUGGAAUCGGUCGAAGCACCAUUAGCGAUAUCAAGAGGAAAGAGUCUGAACUGAGGCAAUACGAAAGGAAGCUAACCGAAAUGGGAACGAGUCGACUUGCCAAAACAAUGAAGCUUUCUACUUACGAGGAGCUGGAGAGGGCUGUUUUCAUGUGGUUUCGGCAGACGCGCGAGAAAGGCAUUCCUGUAUCAGGCCCACUACUACAAGCAAAGGCCUUGCAGCUUGUUGUUGGAUACAGCAAGCCCUACCGUGUAGCCAAGCCUAAGCGAGGUACCUACAAUCCCUCUGAAUCAAGGAAGUGGAUACAGCAUACGUGUCCUUGUUGCGAAGAGUUUGUGCGUUCCUUCCAAACAGAAGAGCAACGAGUAGCGGUGAUGAAGUGCCUUCGUCACAAAGCUCCAUGCCGUCCACCUCCCAAAACACCUCCGGGCUUCUGGGAUCUAAGCACACCUUUCUGUCCGCCUGUGGAUGGAAGUCCGAGGGCUUUGAAGAUAAGAAAGGUUGAAACACUGCCAGAUACACCAGGAGAAGUGUUGGGGUGGGAUUCUGACUGA